CCCGAUCAGCUGUUUCUAAACUCAGUUGUAUAACAACAAAAGCUUCAGUUUGGGGACUGAGGCGAUAACAGAAGCAGAGACCGUUCCGCGCCGCGGUCACCACAGCAGUACCGUUCCCAUUACCGGCGAGUGCCUGCAACUACCUCAGUAACGUCAAGGAGACUACUAGACCCGGCAUUCCGUCCAAAGUAACCGGUAACGAGUUCCAUUAUGUGGUGAGGGAUAAGAUUUGCUUCUGUUUGUCCACAUAUUUUAUGAUUGACAGCCACCAGCACUGGUUUUGCCUAUAACAUUGACCAGAAAUAAUUUUGAUUGGUCCUGGACCACCAAUCCAAGGCACCCCUGCAAGUAUUCUGAGGCACCCCAGGGUGCCACGGCACACAGUUUGGGAACCACUGCUAUAAUGCAUAUAAGGUUUUAUAUACAGUUGUGAUGCUUCUUGUGUACCUCCUGAUCUGAGACAUAAUUUAUGCACUUUAUCACUGUCUGUGCCACCGGCUAAGCCUGAGCCAUCACUGUGACGUCUGAAGGACUGCAUCGCGGCGGAGACACUACCUUCCUUGUAAUGUUCCAAAAGCUCAACAGCCUGUUCAUGGGGGAUGCCCGUAGUAGACUGAGCGAAGAACCAGAGCUCAGUGAAAAAGAAGACGAUGAAUGGAUCCUAGUUGACUUUAUAGUGGAUACCUGCCCUAGAACACCAGAAGAAGCCUCAGCAUUUGAAGAAAUCAAUUAUGUUGAUGAAAACCCUGACUUGUCUUACACACCAGGUGCCUUUGAACAGUUUGGAAAUACUAUUGACUCUUUCUUUGUCCAUUUCGAUCCAUGUCCUUUGGAGGAAAGCUGGUUUGUUACUCCACCUCCUUGUUUUACUGCUGGAGAGUUGACCACUAUUGAGGUGCAGACCAACCCUUUGGAAAACCUUCUCAUAGAACACCCAAGCAUGUCGGUUUAUGCUGUUCGCAAUGUUGCCAAUAAGCAGAUAGCUACAUGUGAUUCAGACUUUCGCAGCUCCAGUAGUUUAGGGUUGGAUACAGAACGUAAAAAAGUGGGUCAACGUGUUCAUUGUUAUGUUGCAUCUCUCGCCGCUCGCACAAACUGUCUGGACCAAACCAAGACUUUUCGCUGCACUAAGUUGUCAAAGCGGCUAUUGGAAAAACCUCUUCUGAACCGAAAGAGCCUUAGACGCCAAAAUCUCAUUCGAGGUUGCCAUUCACGUCCGAUCAAGCACAAUGGGCUCCUCGUCCACCAACCUUGCCAGCGUCGGUACAAUUAUUGAGUGAAUGUCUGACCAUAGUUUUGUCUCUCCUCCCCUCCCCCCCCGUCCCCAAAGUAUUCUGCUCUCAGGAUUUGCAUUCUAUACACACCUAUAUUCAGUGAAUGCAGAUCUCCAUCUCUUUCUGUCCUAGAUGAGUUUCUCCUUUCAAAACACAAGGCUGUAGUUAUGAUGUGUAGCUUCAUAUUAAGCAUGCAUGUAAUGGAUACAGUUAUGAACGGUUAAAGCUUUUCAGCAGAUGGAGAGUGGCUUUAAAAAUGUGAUUACUAUUUUAGGCAACUGGGCAUGGGAAAAGCUCUAAAGAACCUUUUUACAGAGCACAUCUAUUAUUUUGUAUAUUAAUAGCUCUUUAAUGCAGUUUUCAAGCGCAGUUUCUUGAGCUAACCAGGGGCGGUGCAUCAUUCAGAACAUCGACCCAAACUGCCACAGUUCAGAAACAAGUGCGACAAUAAAUCAAACAAAAAUUGGUUUAGCAAGUCCAUGCUAGGCCUCUAGAACAGGGGUGGGAAACCUUUGGCCCUCCAGCAGUUGCUGAACUACACAUACCAGCAUGCCCUGCUACCGUUUUGCUAUUUUGCCAUGCUAAAACUGUUGCAGGGCAUGCUGGGAUGUGUAGUUCAACAAAAUCUGGAGGGCCGAAGGUUCCUCACCCCUGCUCUAGAAUAACAAAAGAAUACACCUUCUAAUCCGUGAUGAGAGAGGUUUUAUUCAAAUAGGUUUGGUCAUCAAGGAUCCAAAAAACUAGGUGUAUGCAUUUUUUUUUAAAUGUGUAUUAUAACGCAACAAAAGAAUACGGUUCAUACAAUUGAUGCUUGAGAAAAAAAAUUUAAAAAAAAAUAAAGGGCUGAGUUUAACCUCUUCUAGCUGAGAUGUAAAGGAGGCCGGUAGCAGUUGUGGAUGAGCAGCACUUCAUAGUCUAAGCUUUCACUGAUGACCACUGUUGGGUACCGUCUUCUGACCAGCUGGGCUUGUUCCAGUCUUCACUUUUGUUUAGAUUUAAUAUGUAGUAAUUUUACUUGAUGGGCAUUGUAUAUAAAUUCAUAAAUAGCCAAUGUGUAUACAGUAUUCUAAGAUAGCAUGUCAGCCAGGAAGGAAAAUGUUUCCACAGUCAUUUUAUGACUUCACUGUCCAGUCUGGUUAAACUCUUACUCUUUGUUAACCCUAGAGAGGCAUUCCUGCCUGCCACCUAUUAAACCAUCAGGGUUUAAGUAAAGACGAAUGUAAACUCUUUUGAUUGGUACUGUAACCUCUAAAAAUGACUCUUGGUAAUGGUGCCUAGCACACAGGAAUAUAUGUACUGCAUUAAAGAUUUGUUAGUGCUUUAUGCAGGCAAACCUAAGGCAGAGUGUCUCCCUUUCUGCCUGUCCUGUCUUACUCUUGGUCCAGUUAUCCACCUGAUCAAAUGUCAAUGAUUUCAUGCAAAUACCUUUACUCUAGACCUGGCCUGGCCAACCUGUGGCUCUCCAGCUAUUGUAAAACUACAAGUCCCAGUAUGCCAUGCCACAGUUUUGCUAUUAGGCAAUGCUAAAACUCUGGCAGUGCAUGCUGGGAUGUGUUGCUUCACAACAACGUGAGAGCCACAGGUUGGACAUGCACGUGAUCUAGGCCAUACUCCUAAGGUUGUUAGGAAAGCUCUGGGAGAGGAUACACAAUGGUAACUGUACUGAAUAAUUGACUCGUAAAGCAAACUUACCAGCAUCAUUGUAAAAACUAGGUAAACUACUGUAACCAGAAUAUUUUACACAUUCAUCCCUUAUGUUGGACAACUACAGAAGGACAUUUAAAAAAAAUAAAUAAAUAUUGUGAUGGUUCCUUUUUAAUACAUUAUGAAUUAUUUAAGCCGAGCAUGUAUAUUUGUUUUUCAUGAAAACUUGACUUUAUUUUCUAUAAACUUUUACAGAAUAUUUGUUUUGCAACGCAUUUACUGUUCAGUGUUGAUGAGCAAGGCAUUUUUAACAUUUAACUUAAAAGCUUUUUAAUUAAAAUCCAUUUAUUUAUAUACUGUA